AUGAACGAGAUUUGUGGGAAUGCGAAAAGGCUCCCAGUUACGGUGCACAUACCUGGCAAGGCUAAUGUGAGCAAGGUGACAUUGUGGUCAGGAACAUCCUACAAGGAGCCUGAACGGAAUGAGUCAUUUGGGGAAUCAAGCAAGACGAAGGAUAAGGGGGACAUACUGACCAAGAGGAGUGGUCCUGAUGAAACUGAACCAGUUGCUGAACCUCAAAUCAAUCAAGGUUCGGAAGAGAAUUCAAGGGAAACCACUAAAGAACCUGAUGAAGAGGAUAUUGAAGAGACUAUUUGUCAGAAGUCAAGAUUCGCUAGAGCCACUAGGGCUCACCAACUGGCCGAGAAGAAGGCAGAGAGAAAACAAGGGCCGAAGCGCGCAUCGAGGCGAAUCAUCGGGCCUAGGAUUGAGAAAAAGAAGGGGCACAACAAGGAAGGGGGUUCUCCUACAAAACCUGGGGAGAACCCGACUGCAACUUUCUCCCAGCCAGUACAGGAGGCCAACAUCGACAAUCCACUUGCCAUCCCUGCUGCCCAGAAAGAGACACCUGUACCGAAAACUGACUUACAGGAAAAUCAAGACAAAGAAGGAAAAUGCAACCAAGAAAGAAAGAGGAAAGACAAUAGGGCAGCGAAGCAAAAGAAGGAGACCAAGAAGCCCAGGGUGGUCCUAUCGGCGGCCAUUAUCAUCAAGAAGCUGGGACAAGUGCCCAAACUGAUCGGGAGCAAGGAACCCGAGAAGGAAACUGCACAAGGCUCCUGA